GUUCCUUUUUCCUUUUUGGAGAUUCGGUUACAAAUUCCCCUUGUUUACUUCUACUUCGCUUUUGAUUGGAUCAGUCCAGGACGUUUCUGAGUUUCAUGGCUUCCACCAUCCUUUUCUUUCUUCUGAGAAUCUUGUUAUCGGGUGGUUCUCUGAAUUGGUGGUAAUCUAUAGAAAGAAAAGUAGAAAGAAGUCCCUUUCCGGGUGAAACCACCUGUGGUCUAUAUAGAAUUAAGUAUAAAGGGAAAAGAGAGAAAUCUUUCUGGAUGAACUAAUUGGCUGUCUUCUUCUUCUUGAUUCAGUUUCUUAUAGAUUGAAGGGUUCUAAUUUGAGACGUUGUUGAUCAGGAUCUUAGCUUUCCUCACGGUUCUUGAGUAGGAUCGAAUUGCUGAACUGAUUCUGAUGUGAAGAUUGCUUUAUGUCUUCCUUUUUCUCGUUUUCUGAUGAGAGGAAAAGCUGUACCUCUCUGGGCAGGCCAUGUUUUGCUAUCUGAGAAGAUUUGAACGUUUACAAUACUGCAAGUCCUGUGCUGAUUAUCCGUCAGUAUAAGCUGUAUAUUUGUGCCUUAAAUCUAUGAAAUUUCUCUUACUCUGCUAGAGUUAAUCUGUUCUUUCACCUACCCCCUUUCUGUCAAUCUGAAACUUUCGACUGUUUGGAUACAGGUAUGUGAUACCUUACAUGAAUCUGAGGUAAUUAGUAACUGUUUAACUUCGAGCAUUCUCUAAUAAUAUCUGGGAGAAAUCAGAUGCCUAAGGUGCUGUUGCAGUUGCCCAUGUCGCAAAAGUGAGAAGAAACUGAAAUUCCCCAUGAUUCGCUGAAGUGGGCUUCACUCUGAACAAGAUGGAUGAUGCUGAAUCCAGGUCUUAUGAUGAUGGAAUCAUGGUUCACCAUGAAAACUCCACCAGUUUUUGUCAGUCAUCAUCUUCAGAAGACCUUCGGCUGGAUCAUCAGUUCAGGAAGAACACAGCUUGUAUGCACACACACAUUUGUCAUCACACGCACACCCAAGUUUUUGCCCCAGCGUCAGACGGUGGGAAAGAACAGAAACAGAGCCUCAUAACCAAGCCAAGGAAAACUUCAGGGAACAAAGAAGCAGUGAGGAAGUACAGGGAGAAGAAGAAAGCACACGCUGCUUACUUAGAGGAGGAGGUUAAGAAACUACGGGCUUUGAAUCAGCAACUGGUAGGGAAACUGCAGAGCCAGGCGUGUCUGGAAGCAGAGGUGCUGAGGCUGAAAUCUCUGCUGCUAGAGUUAAAGGACAGGAUUGGUAUUGAACUCGGCGCCAUUCUUCCUUCCCAAAGAACUCGUGCAGGAACCUUCAAGGAAGGAGAUGGCAACCCACCAUUUGGUUGCCAUGCCAACGCAGAUCGAAACCCGGCGACCGGCGGGCAAGAAGGAACCUGUACUGCACCUGUUGUUUCCAACUGUGCAGUUAACAUAAAUGGGGAUGAUGCAGAUUGUUUGGGGAAUAUUGGGGGUCACCAUGAACAGAUGAUUCCGAGCUCCAACUGUGGAGGGUAGAGGCAUAUAUUUGCAUUCUAGGCUUCUCUUGUAUCUAGUACUGACUGAACCUGAUAAAACACUAGAUGGGGACAUUGCUGAUGUUAUGAGGGGAAAUUUAUGAACAUGAGCAUUGCGAUUGUGCAAUUUGCUGUAAUGCAUGUUGUACGAUGGAAAGGUCUCUUAGUUCCGAUCGGAAAUGCUGGGAGAUAGGCUCUCCUCUUUAAACUUGAAAUGUACAUUAAAAAAAGAAGGGUUCCAGUGAGCAUCAAGAAUCAAGCGACUAAAGAAACAAAACUGGAGAACUCUGCAACUCCAAAAAGAAAAAGAAAAUCAGAAAACAGCUUUAAGUGAGGAAAGGUCUCUUAGUUUCCAUGGAGAAAGAGAAGCUAAAUGAUGAGGAAUAAGAAUCUUAAUCGGAACCAUAUUCUUCCCUCUGCGUGAGGGCAUUGGUCUUUGCUUAAUUUGUAAACCCCAUAUGUGAGGGAAAAUAAGGUUUUACUGUGGGAACUUCUCAACUAGAAGGGUUUUCUCCCAUGUCUUAUUCGCACGACCUGAGAAAAAGUGGAUCACCUAAACAAAAAAAAAAAAAGAAAAAAAUGGCAAAGUUAA